GCCUGAAGCCUGGAUGGUGGCUUUUACUCUGAUUUAUUUUAUUUAUUUAUUUAUUUUUUUUGAGUUCUGAAGAUAGUCCUGGACAGAGUGGAGUGCAUACUAUGUGCAGAGUAGAGACCUGUGUUUAUCCGGUGCAGUGGUUAAUCGGCAAUUGCUGUAUAUUCCUUUCUGCAGAGUGAGUGCAGAGUAGUACAUAGCACAUAAUGUGCAAGUACAAACACGCACAGACCAGAGAAGAUUGCUUCCGAUCGAAUGGUUCAGAUCCUUUCCUACAGUAUAGCUCUUUCCGGUACAGAGUACUGAGCACAGAGUAUGCGGAGUACCGUACGAACUUCACCUUACAAGAUCCCACAGCGGCAGAAAGCUCGGCCAUGGCAUUGCCUAUCAGAGAAGGCUAUGUCGAGUCAGUCGCUUCGAGCUUGACGUGUGGUAUUAUCCCGAACUUGCCACCCCCAGAUUCAGAUCGAGCCGAGCCAUUUUCCCUCGGAAAGGACGGAACACGGUCCAAUUAUCUAUGGAGGAAUAGGGUACUCUGUAGACAAGCAAGCAAACAAGCAGGAAUCGAUUACGUGGCGCAUGAGCUCUGCAUUAAGGCCAAUGCAGGGGUACGCCAUGUGACCCUGAUUUACUUGCUAGAGGCAGAGGAGGGGAAGACAUGUGCGGGGCUCCAUGGCGCUUAUUUGCGUAUUUGGGACGAGGGCUGGCUGGAUCGCGAAUUAGCAAAUUACACAGCAUCCUGCAUACAAAUCAGACAGCAUACGCAUUACAGUAAGCAAACCGACAAAUCAGGAAACAAAUUACGAACACAACCGACCACAGCGCCUCAUUCCAAAGAGCAAAGCCGCCCCGAAAACAUGGAAACGAUGGUCCAUUUCCGGUUGAAUUGUGACACCUCCUUGCAGAGGAGGAGGGAGGUCCAAGCAGUAGUUCGACAGGCAGCAAGAGGUUCGCGAUACAGUAAAACAAAGUCACGGAUGCGGAUUAUCAAGCAGUCUGGUAGCGUCGGAGAGCCCGAUCAUGCAUAUCUACCUGAUUUACUGAUUCAUAAGAUAGUCCAGUCCAUCGAGAGAGAACACCCCGUAUCCAGGGAUAAGGAGAACAUUUCCGUAUGUCUAGACUCAACUAAACUAGCACAUGGGUCGGAAUCAGUUGACCCGCAUUUUGACGGAAAAUUGUGGCCCAACGUAUAUCGUAUCUAUUUGAUUGAUAUAUCAUAUGUACCAGCGUUGGCCGGCCCGUCAAAGAAUGCAGCGCAGCCGUCACCGCCAGGAGACAGGAAAGUAGGAGCGAUGCGACCGAGGCAAGUGAGGCUAGUGGCCGAGAUAUUCGGUCAGGGCGCAUGAUACAGUAGACGAACAGUAAUAAAAAAAUUUUCAUUUCUGUUUAUAUCUUUCCAGAAUAGUAGAUCCGAUCGCGAUAUGACAUCUUCAGCAUCAAAACAACAGCUGCGCCACACGGGGAUGCUCGGAUGCCGGAAACACCGAUGACAGGACGAUCCACAAGAGACAAGACUAUUUUUGUGGCGCAGUGAAAAUGUGGCUGUUAAUGUUUUCUUUUUUUUUUUUUUU